AUGAGCAAAUCAAUUUUAUUUUAAUUUAAUGACGCCGUCACUCUUGCUGGUGAAUAAAUAACAGGGUGUUGUUAUGUUAGAAUACCUUAAGAUAUGCCGAAAGUCUAAAUUGUUUUGACAUUUGAAACUAAGGAAUAUUCGAAGGUUUUAGAAAAAAAACAAAUUCCCUAUGAUGAAAGCAAUCCCCAAAUGAUACCUGAUAAGUUAAUAGAGAAAGCGAAGUAAGUGUAAAUUACUCUGGAUUCUCCAUUAAAAUAACCUAAAUAUACUUAAAAGAAAUAUGAGUUAAAUGGAAACCUAUUAUUUCGAGUUUUUAGACACUAUGGAACUCACGACUCUUUUAUAUACACACAGGAACUCUAUAAUGGUAGCGUUAAGGCUGGAGAUUAUAAAUUCAAUUUUAUUGUUCCAACGCAAUUCAACAUGCCAUCAAGUUUCUAUUACAAGAGUGCUGAUGGACAGAAAUAAGGAAAAUGUGGCUACAUGAUUACAUUGAAAAUUGAUUCCACAGAAGAAGCUAGAACUGUGAUGAUGGAAAGUACUGAUGUCUAUCUCAACGGUAGAUUCAAAGAAAGCGAAUAGUUCAGAUAGUUAGAAGGGAAUAUCGUUCAUUUCCUUUGUUUAAAUAGUGGAGCAGUUGAAUUGUCAGUGAGAUUGAAGACAAAUAAAUUUUUCCCUGGAGAUAAGAUAUCUGUCGAUUACUCUGUCGAUAAUACUCGAUCGUAGAGACCAGUUAAUAGAAUUGAAGUGAGGGUUAUUCAUAAAUUGAUUUUCAUUGACAACGACGAGGUAGAGAGAGUUAUUGAGGAUUAAGUGGUUGUUUCACAAAAUUGGGAUGGUCUCUUAGCAGGAUAAAGUAAGGAUAGAAUAGUGUCUCUUUUGGAAUUACCAAAAGAAUUAAAAGCCUCACUGAAAACCAAUACUAUUAAGAAUUAAUACUUUUUUUAAUUAGAGGCAAUAGUUGAUUCAUUCCUGACUUGGUUGUCUGUCCCUGUAAUAUGCUAGAUCCCCAUACACAUUCAAGAAUAAUAAAUGCUAUAGAAAGUUAAUCUGGAUGGUUGGAAAUUGGUCUCAAAUUUGAAUGUAAGUGUUAAUGAAUUUUCAAAUGUUUCAGUCUAAUAAUCAUAUAUACCUUGA